CAACAAACCAACUGCUCGAUUAUUACACUUUAUAAAUGAUUUAUAAGAAAAAACUUUGUAUUUAGGGGUUGUUUCAUUUCAGCUUCAUUAAAUUUAUCUGUAGACUGAAAACUAACAGUAUAGAGGAUUGGGACAGUAAUGAAUACAUUUUUUGUUUGCCAACACCUAUGGAGGGUGGUAACCUGUUGACUCUGUCGAUCUAAUUGUCAAUUUUGUGUGCGGUCAGCUGUAUUUUACAUCGUGUAUUAUGGUUGGGAGUAUGUAAGCCGGGCAGCAGACCUCACCCCCUCAGUCGAGUCACGUCUCAGCAAACGAGAUGUCUGCUCACAGACUGUUCCUGCUGUUGGCUCUUGUGGUAAGUGAUGUUGUCGCGAAGCAACGACGUCCUGAACUUUGUGAACACGUUACAAAUAUUGAAAAAGUGCGUGGUGUGCGACUAUGCCACGCCACAAACAUGCGUUUCAUUGUUUAAGAAAUUACAAGCCAUGCUCAUUCCUGGCGUUUCAUUGUUUAAGAAAUUACAAGCCAUGCUCAUUCCUGGCGUUUCAUUGUUUAAGAAAUUACAAGCCAUGCUCAUUCCUGGCGUUUCAUUGUUUAAGAAAUUACAAGCCAUGCUCAUUCCUGGCGUUUCAUUGUUUAAGAAAUUACAAGCCAUGCUCAUUCCUGGCGUUUCAUUGUUUAAGAAAUUACAAGCCAUGCUCAUUCCUGGCGUUUCAUUGUUUAAGAAAUUACAAGCCAUGCUCAUUCCUGGCGUUUCAUUGUUUAAGAAAUUACAAGCCAUGCUCAUUCCUGGCGUUUCAUUGUUUAAGAAAUUACAAGCCAUGCUCAUUCCUGGCGUGAUAUCAUAUUUUUGUGUAAACCAUUAACCAGUCCAACGCCGACAGAGCACACGCUGUAGUUAUAUGGUCAGGAUCAUUAAAGGUUUUGAUAACUACCAUUGAUAAGGUUACCGGAAAUUUGAUCGAAAGAAAUCUCGUCGACGGUAAAUUGAUCGACAGAAAUUUGAUCGAACGGAAAUUUCGUCGAAUCUUUUUUUUUUCUUUUUUUUUGGUUCAGUUCACACGUUAAAAUUUUUGCCAAAUUUCUUUUUGAACGCACUAUACUAAAUAGUAAAACAAAAUAAUUCGUUCAAAAAGAAAUUUUAAGCAAAAUUUUAACGCGUGAACUGGAAAAAAGUUUCGACCAAAAUAAAUGUAGUACCGUCGAUCAAAUUACCGUCGGCGAAAUUUCUUUCGAUCAAAUUUCCAGAUACGCAUUGAAACAACGUGUUUUUUUUUUUGGUGUAUUCUUUAGAUCGCGGUGUCGGCCAGUAGCACAAAGAGGUCGCCGGCGCACAAGCCUGUCAGGGGUGAGUAUGAUGACACGUGUCACUGUCAAUAAUGUCACCUUUCACGUCAGAGCUGUGUCUUCUUGCCAUUCAGGGACAUGAGGAAAUGUUUGAUUUGAAUAAUUAUUUAAAAAAAACAAAUUUCUUUCCUAUUUGUAUUUAAACAUCCUCUGAACAUAAUAAUAAAGUAAAUCGUUAUUUUAGUUUUACACGUGUUGCUAAAUUUGACGGGAUGUUAAUAAAUCUAUCAUUCCUGAUCAAGAAAUCAGAUCAAUUAAAAUGGGAGGAGGGAGAAUGGGGGGGGGAGAGGAGAGCCACGUGUAAUGGACAUACGUUUGGACCCACCCCCCCCCCAGGGGACACGCUUUUAGAAUAAAAUUUUGAAGCAAAAAAAAAAAAAAAAGUAAUAAUAAUAUUCAAAUAUCCGGAUGACUUUUUUUUAUAACGAUAAAUCAUUGCAUAGCUUCCUCAGAAGUGUUGACUCGUAUCUGUUUGUUUAUGAACAAGUUCGAAGUAAGGAAGACGAAAUAAAUAAAGUUCAGUCAUAUUUUUUUCGUUUCGCUUAAAUAAAAAAUAUAUAUAUUAAACCAUGUCACACUUUCAUUUUUUACGGAAAUCCUGAAGUUUUGACAGCCUUUUACGGACAUCCUGAAGUUUUGACAGCCUUUUACGGACAUCCUGAAGUUUUGACAGCCUUUUACGGACAUCCUGAAGGUUUGACAGCCUUUUACGGACAUCCUGAAGUUUUGACAGCCUUUUACGGACAUCCUGAAGUUUUGACAGCCUUUUACGGACAUCCUGAAGUUUUGACAGCCUUUUACGGACAUCCUGAAGUUUUGACAGCCUUUUACCGACAUCCUGAAGGUUUGACAGCCUUUUACGGACAUCCUGAAGUUUUGACAGCCUUUUACCAACAUCCUGAAGGUUUGACAGCCUUUUACGGACAUCCUGAAGUUUUGACAGCCUUUUACGGACAUCCUGAAGGUUUGACAGCCUUUUACGGACAUCCUGAAGUUUUGACAGCCUUUUACCGACAUCCUGAAGGUUUGACAGCCUUUUACGGACAUCCUGAAGGUUUGACAGCCUUUUACGGACAUCCUGAAGGUUUGACAGCCUUUUACGGACAUCCUGAAGGUUUGACAGCCUUUUACGGACAUCCUGAAGUGUUGACAGCCUUUUACGGACAUCCUGAAGGUUUGACAGCCUUUUACGGACAUCCUGAAGUUUUGACAGCCUUUUACCGACAUCCUGAAGGUUUGACAGCCUUUUACGGACAUCCUGAAGUUUUGACAGCCUUUUACCAACAUCCUGAAGGUUUGACAGCCUUUUACGGACAUCCUGAAGUUUUGACAGCCUUUUACCAACAUCCUGAAGGUUUGACAGCCUUUUACGGACAUCCUGAAGGUUUGACAGCCUUUUACGGACAUCCUGAAGUUUUGACAGCCUUUUACCGACAUCCUGAAGGUUUGACAGCCUUUUACGGACAUCCUGAAGUUUUAACAGCCUUUUACCAACAUCCUGAAGGUUUGACAGCCUUUUACGGACAAGUCAUUUUUUGAAAUCAAAACGUUACGUUUGCUUGUAAUUAGCAGACGGUUGGCAUCCGCCCUCCCCCAAAUCAGCCCACCUUUCACUAAAUGUACAAAUAUUGUACUAGAUCACCAUCAUAUUAAGUCACGUCACCUUCUUCCUUUUAAACUUGCUGCCACCCAACUUUUAUAGAGCCAGUGGACGAACUGAAAUGCGUUAAGGUCACCUUGAAAAGCGAUGAGCACAAGACCGUCUACGAUGACGACAAGAAGCCCGUGAAGAUCAAGACGGUCACGGUGGUGCACCAGACCUCCUCCGUGAAGUGCCGCGAGCACGUCAACUACUUCUUCCACGGCUCCGAGCUCUCCACCAAGCAUGGCUGCUGCGCCACCUUCAAGGUCUGCUACAAAGUAACCGUCUGCAGGACCAAAUGUGAUCCGCCACCUAAGUCUCCCAAGUGCAAGAGCAAGAGCAAGGACUGCAAGAAGAUCAGGCGCCCGAAGACCAAGAAGUGCUCGAAGUGCAGCAAGCGUAUCAGAUAUACCCGGGUGUCGAAGUCCCCCAAGAAGUCGAGGUCGCCCAAGAAGUCAAGGUCGCCCAAGAGGUCAAAGAAGUCUAAAAAGUCAAAGAAGUCUAAAAAAUCAAAGAAGUCAUAUUCGUACGAUAGAAAGAGCAAGGACUCUAAGACGAAGCCUCGUUCUCGAUAUUCAAAGGUCAAAAUUGAACACGGUAAGUCCCCUUAUCUCGUCUUUAUCUCAGGGGUCUUAUGUUUAACACGAAAAGAACGCGCGAAUGUCAAAAACGCCUACAUCAAGCAAAUCCUCAGCAUUCCUGUAUUUCUUCUCUUAUUUCUUAUAGUUUCCAUAUUUCCAAUAUGUGUUUGAUCGUUAAAAUCUUAUUUAUCAGGGUAAUGAUACAUAAAUUCUUUAACUUCCUUUUAUCUUGGUUUUGAAAAACCCAACUUCGGGCAAUACAGGAAUAUUGCGAACACUUAUAUAUUUUUUAAAAAAUACUUCCCAUUUCUUGUUAUUUCUUUAUUUGUCCUAUCUGCCGAGGAAGGCUCUGAGCCGAAAAGUUCUUCUUUAUUGCCUUACCUUUCUGUUUGAAACUUAGAUAUAGCUUGUUCUUCGAUUUACUUCAAAUAUAGAGGGAAAACCUAUUGGAAGUGAGCAUUGAACAUAGUUCUAAGCUUUUUUGAAAACACAAAUUCGCAGACUGGUAAGUUAGGACAAUAUGAGUCAAUCUAGUACGAAAAAUAACCACUUAACAUAGAUGAAAGGGGACAGUUUAAUUUGUUACUUGCCUAAAGAAUUCAUUCUGUAGCUAUCAUUUAGAAACGAAUGUUUCAGAAAUAGUACGAAUGUAUUAUUUCCAAUCAUUACCUCCGGGUAACCUCUUUCCAAUUUUACUCUUGCUAUAAAUUGACGAAUGCAGUGGCGUGGCUACGGUUAGUGCCAUCCGAGAUUUUUGCCACCCCCACCCUUCUUUCCAUUAAAAAAAGUUUACAGUUCGUCAAACAUGUCUCCGCCCCUCCAUAUUAGAAAAAAAAAGCCGCCGGGGUGGACCACCCCAUCCACCCAAGUUAUACGCCACUGGAUGAAUUUAUAGUUCCAAUCCUAAUCAUGACAUAACAUUGAUCAAUGUUAUAUUUCCAAUCCUAAUCAUGACAUAACAUUGAUCAAUGUUAUAUUUCCAAUCCUAAUCAUGACAUAACAUUGAUCAAUGUUAUAGUUCCAAUCCUAAUCAUGACAUAACAUUGAUCAAUGUUAUAGUUCCAAUCCUAAUCAUGACAUAACAUUGAUCAAUGUUAUAGUUCCAAUCCUAAUCAUGACAUGACAUUAAUGAAUGUUAUAGUUCCAAUCAUAAUCAUGACAUAACAUUAAUGAAUGUUAUAGUUCCAAUCCUAAUCACGACAUAACAUUAAUGAAUGUUAUAGUCCCAAUCCUAAUCAUGACAUAACAUUGAUCAAUGUUUAGUUUCAGAAUUCGUUGUAACGCCGAUUAAAAAAAGAGUUUAUAUUCUAAUCUUGAUGAACAAAAAAAAAAAAAAAAACAACAGCCCCACUGUUGCCUUUUGCUACACAUCAGCUACUGGCAUCCACCAUUCAACGGGAUGCUAAAUGAUUAGUCCCUGUGAUCCCUCUAGCCCAUAAAGUCGGUAGUAUCAAAAUAGUCCCUAUAGUCGCUAUAGUUCCAGUAGGUGCAGGUACACUUCUUAUCUUCAUAGCCCAUGGGUGCAUUUUGGGACGCUGCCUCUACUAUCUCCCAUCAGACAGGUGGCUAAUUUGAUGAGCCCCUAUACAGCUUUUACACCCUAUUUUCCCUACAAUCCCUAUAGCUCAUCAAGUCCACAAAGUCAAAAUAGUCUAACUAGUCCUUAUAGACACUACACGUCCCGUGGGUGCAUGUACACUGCUAAUCUUCAUAUCACAUUGGUGAAUUUUGUGACACUGCCUCCACUCCCCCCUCCCCCUCCUCAAUUGACAGGAUGUAAAGAGAUCAACCUUCUGAGCAGAGUCAACCGUCCCAGCUACAAGAUCAUCACCGGCGGCUACAUCAAAUCGAUCAAGCUGAUCGAGGAGCACGACGACUCCCUGGGCUGCACCUAUGAUCGCACCUACGGCUGCAAGGACGGCCACGAGGCCUACGCCAAGAAAGGGUGCCGUGGCCGCUUUAAAGUCUGCGUCUCUUAGCCCAUUGGUUGGAACACUCUUACUUCUGAUGAGAAGAUCGUAGGAGUGGCGUCGUUGUUAUCAUUCUUGCACAUGCUUGAAUCCUACUUACAUUUAAAUUGGAUAAAAUUAAAAAGAAUUGGAUUCAACCUGUCGAUGUCACUAUCCAUGUUAUUGUUGAUCUUCCUAGUAUGGUGAAUAAAUGGUAAGGACUAAGCAUAAGACAACUUGCAUUAACCCAUUCUUGCAUACAUGCAUAUUCUAUAUGCUUUGUGGUUUUUGCGCGUGAGGUAAGGCAAAAAUCCAAAUCCACCCGGGACGUCAAUAGAUACACAAUAUAAUUCACCCCAGUUACAUCUAAGAUAAUAUUUAAUAUUUUAUUAUUGAACAUGUAAUCUUUAAAUUAUCGACAAAAAUAGAAGUAUUUUUUUUUUAAACACCGAAUGCUUACAAAAUCCCAGUUUCAAGUAAAAUGUAGAUCUGAGCUCACCCAUCCACCCGUUCACCCAUCCACCCGUUCACCCAUCCUCGUAGCAGCCACCGUCGACCACGACACUUUGAGCGACAUUCUUAGUCACGGCGUCAGCCCAGGAGUAGACGCGAUGUUGACACCUCUCAGUUGCAAGGAGACGUUCGGCACCUUUCAGGUGAUAACCGUGAGAAAAUGAUCAACGGAGCGAAACGCGUGUGUAAACAAACAAACAACUUAAACAACCUCCACACACAAGAUUCAAAACAAUCAGAAAGAAGAAGAAAGUCUUUCAUCAUAAUUUCGAGCCUCAAAAUGUCCAAGUUAGGCAAAGAGAAAUCUACAGUUAACAUACAAAAAUAAAUACUUAAAAAUAAAAAAAUAAAAAUCGUUUCAAUAAUUAAUUUCAAGGUACCACUCUCAAACAGCGUCAAGUGACAAUCUCAAAUAGUGUCAAGUACCAUUCUCAGAAGAGUGUCAAGUACAAUCUCAAAACAGUGUCAAGUACAAUCUCAAAGAGUGUCAAGUACCAAUCUCAAAACAGUGUCAAGUACAAUCUCAAAUAGUGUCAAGUACCAAUCUCAAAAGAGUGUCAAGUAUACAUCUCAAACAGUGUCAAGUACCAAUCUCAAAUAGUGUCAAGUACCAAUCUAAAAACUGUGUCAAGUACCAAUCUCAUUAAGUUUCAACUUAAAAAAAAAUUCUUAAAAAUAAUAUAGCUAGCUUUUCAAAAGGACAUGCGAAGGGUAGUAAAUAAUAAUGAAAUUAACCAGAAGAACAUACGUUGCAUAAUAAUACUAAAUGCACUUUAGAUAAAAGGGUUAUACUAACAAUAUAACGUCCAGGCGUUGCUGGCAAACGCCAACUUAGAAUAAAAAACACGCUGGGUGUGCUAAAGGGCUAGUAGAUUUACGUGAAGCUAUCGGAGGAUACCUGUGUCAUGUCAAGCCAAGCCGUGUCUUUGGGGAGCCUGACAGUGGGAAG